AUGCGAGUGCAGACCUCCGCGCGUCUUCUUCGCGCUGCUGGGGCGCUGCUAGCGCUCCUCCACGGCGUCACCGCGUCGUGCUCUUCAUGGUCGGCACGGUAUCAGCAACAUAUCGAAGGCGUGUGCGUAUGCAACGCCAGCAGCUGCGACUCGGUCUCGACUGAGUAUUUAGCGCUCUCGAGCGGCCACGUCGGGGUCUUCCAGACGUCCAAAGCCGGAGACCGCCUCGCGUACUCAACGCUGAAGCUAGACGCCAGCAGUGACGAUACCGCGGAUGUUAUUAUCGACUCGACGAGGACGUACCAAGAGAUUAUCGGCUUCGGAGGCGCCUUCACCGAUGCAGCAGCGAUCAACGUUUACCUGAUGGACAUGGAAGUCCAGCAGCUCAUUGUUGACGCCUACUUCUCCGACACGGGGCUGCAGUACUCGCUGGGGCGGAUCCCUAUCGCGUCCACCGACUUCUCCGAGUACGUCUACUCGUACAACCCGUCGGUGGACGACUUGGAGAUGGCCAACUUCAGCAUCGAUGUGGACAAGGACCCGCUCUCGAACAAGCUGACACUGAUCCAGCGAGCGCUGAACGAGACGACUGGAGCCGGUCGAAACCUCACGCUGUUCGCCUCGUCGUGGGCACCUCCUGUGUGGAUGACAACGGGCAACACGACGCUCAACUGCGAGAUGCAGGGCUACCCAGGAGGCGAGUACUGGGAGGCGUUGGCGCUGUACUACUCCAAGUUCAUCGUCGCGUACGAGGCGGAGGGCGUUCCGAUAUGGGGGUUGACGACGCAGAAUGAACCUACCAAGCAGGAGCUCGCCACCAAGUUCUGGCAGAGUCUCCGG